AACGGCACAUUCUGCGGAAGCUUUCGGCGCGUGCAACAUCCAAACAUCCAGUAGGCGUUCAGCCUCCGAGCGGAUAACACUGCGUUGUUGUAGUUCUUGGAGUCCCAGCGAUACGAUACACACACCACCCACUAAAAACACACACACACCCAGUAAAUAAAACACCAGAGGAGCAGUCACACCAAAAUCAACACUUAAUACCAGACACCAGAUAAAAGACAACAUCAAGCUGAAUGCGAAUCGAAAAUUCGACAAGAAUAUUCAAACCCGAAAUUGAAAUUGAAACAAAGCGAAAAGUUUUCGGAAAGCAAAGCGGAAAAGGAGAAAAUCCAAGGUAAACAACAACCACCAAGUAAAAAGGCCUUCGCAGCGGUAAAAGGGUCUAAUUCUUUCCUUGAGCUUGACAAAUCAAUCGGCAGGAAGAUGGAAUGACCGAAAUUCGCUUAGUUGGCACCCCAGAAAAUGCUGCCACAGCCAGCGGCGGCAACAACAACAACCACAACUCAAUCAGCAACAUCUGCAACAUCUGCAACCUCGACAGCGGCAACAUCGGCGGCAGCAACAGCAGCAGCAGCAGCAGCUAGGAAUGGCCAGCGACGUGGCGUGGCAGCAGCAACAGAAGGCUGCAACAGCAACAGCAACAGCCACAUCGGCAACAGCAACAGCAACAGCAAGCUCAGCAGCAGCAGCAGCAUCACCAACAGAGUAAGUCAAAUGCAUUCCAACGAAGAGCCGCCCAUGACGGUGAUCGUCGACGGGGGCGGUGGCAGCAACGUGUCCGUUUCCGGUGGCAGCGGCCAUCGGCGUGGCAGCCAGCGGUUGCGGAAAACCAGUUCCUCCAGUGCCAAUGCCAAGUCGGCGUCGGCGUCGGCGAAUCCUGCGGAAAGAACGAGCAGUCAGACGAGCGGCCCGCGGUCAUCGCAUCGCCAGACAUCGAAUGCCUCGGAUGGUGGAGGCAGCAGCAGGCGUCGCUAUCAGGGGAAGGAACAUCACGAUCGACGUGACCGCCAGGAUCGGCAGGAUCGGCAGGAGCGCCGCGAUCGUCGCGAUGAGCAGAAGGCGGCACGUCGGCGAACAGGACGCCGGCACAGUGGUGCCUCAUCGCUGAGCGAUGCUGCCGCAGCAACAGCCGCAGGACGAUCCCGAUCCCGAUCCCGAUCUCGAUCCCGAUCCAGAGGAGGAGGUCGCACUGGUGGAGCGGUCAGCUCGUCGACCGCCUCCAGUUGCAAUGGCAGCUGCAGCUCCGACGACGGCGACUCAUCGCACACCUCGUCCUCCAGCUCGUCCAGCUCGUCCGGCGAACCGAAUCUGCCGUAUCCGGGAUUCCCCGAGAUCUCCAUCAGGGCGCUGACGCAGUACACCCGGCCGCGCAACUGGUGCCUGAUGCUCAUCACCAAUCCAUGGUUCGAGCGCGUCUCCAUCCUGGUCAUCCUGCUCAACUGCAUCACCCUCGGCAUGUAUCAGCCCUGCGUGGACGACGCCUGUGUCACGAACCGCUGCAAGAUUCUUCAGAUCUUCGACGACAUAAUCUUCGCCUUCUUCGCCCUGGAAAUGACCAUCAAGAUGGUGGCCAUGGGCAUCUGUGGCAAGAACACCUAUCUGGCGGACUCGUGGAACCGGCUGGACUUCUUCAUCGUACUAGCCGGUCUGCUGGAGUAUGUGAUGCACGUGGAGAACCUCAAUCUGACUGCCAUCCGGACGAUUCGAGUGCUACGCCCGCUGCGGGCCAUCAAUCGAAUACCCAGUAUGCGAAUCCUGGUGAUGCUCCUGCUGGACACGCUGCCCAUGCUGGGCAAUGUCCUGCUGCUCUGCUUCUUCGUGUUCUUCAUCUUCGGCAUUAUUGGCGUCCAGCUCUGGGAGGGCAUUCUACGGCAGCGGUGCAGUCUGAUGCGAACCGAAGGCAUGGUCUAUCCCCUCACCCUGUCGCAGUACUACGAGUUCUCCAAAGACCAGGACUAUAUCUGCUCCACGCCCAACGAUUCGGGGAUGCAUCUGUGCGGGAACUUCCCGCCUUAUCGCAUUGGCUCGCUGGUUUGUAAUGAGGAGGCCAAGCUAUUCGACUUCAAUGAGCCGACGAACACGUCCUGCGUCAAUUGGAACCAGUACUAUACCACCUGCAAGCAGAGCGGCGAGAAUCCCUUCCAGGGCACCAUAUCCUUCGACAACAUCGGCAUGGCCUGGGUGGCCAUAUUCCUGGUCAUCUCGCUGGAGGGCUGGACGGACAUAAUGUAUUACGUGCAGGAUGCGCACAGCUUUUGGGAUUGGAUAUACUUUGUGCUGCUGAUUGUGAUUGGUUCGUUCUUCAUGAUCAACCUGUGCCUGGUCGUCAUCGCCACGCAAUUCUCGGAGACCAAGAAGCGCGAAAUGGAGCGGAUGCGACAGGAGCGGGCCCGGUACACCUCAACCUCGACCCUGGCCAGCAGCACAAACAACUCGGAACCGGCCACCUGCUAUGCGGAGAUCGUCAAAUAUAUCGCCCAUCUGUGGCGGCGCUUCAAGAGACGAAUGUUAAAGAAGUACCAGCGACAGCAGCGCAAGGAGGGACUACUGCCCAAUGCCGAUAACUUGACCUUCUCGCCGUCGCGGAUCAAGUGCCAUCAUCCCAAGUGCCCCAAGUACAGUAAUCGCAAGCCGUCCAGUAUCCAGGAUCAGAUGAUUACCGUCAUGGUGCCGCUCAAUUCGGCUAGCAACAACAAUAACAAUAACAACAACAACAGCACCAGCAGCAACCACAACGGCAGUGGAAACCACACCGCUGCCGGCGUCGGCGUCGGCGUCGGCAACAGCAGCAGCAGCGGCAACAACAACAACAAUGCCGCCAGUUGCACCACAGUGGCGCUGGUCAAUGGGAUAAAUGGUAGUGCCGCCAGUGUAACCAUGUCCUCGGCCCACCACCAGCAGCAUCAAAUGCUGCAGCAGCAACAGCAGCAGCACCAAAACCAGCAGCAUUUGCAGCAGCAGCAGCAGCAGCACUCCUCCUCCGACAACACGGAGCAAUCUCUGGCCGCCGAUGGACUGCCCCGCAGCUCCUCGCUGAAAAAGUCCACCGCCCACCAUCAACUGAAACCGGAGGGCAGUGCCGCCGAGCAGAAGACCAUAUUGCUGAAGCUGCCGCAGCAAAUGAUUGACUCCGAGCAGCUAAUUCUGCAGUUGGGAAAUUUGGGCAAGAGUCAUCCGUGCACCUCGGGCUUCCUCAGUCCACCCACCUCGGCCAGCCGGCGACCAUCGGUGAUGUUCAACGAGUACGUGCUGCUCCACACGCCGCCCGCCCUCAACGCAGAUCCGGCAACGGGCGGUGGCACCACCACUACGGUGGCCCCAACAGUCGCCACCGUCGCUGGCACGGCGGCGGCGGCUGCCGCAGCAGCUGCUGCAGCAGCGGCGGCAUCAGGAGCCGGCGGUAGCAAUAGCAACCACCAAAACGGCGGUGCGAGUGGCGGAGCUGGCACAGGGGGCACCACGGAGAAAAGCAACAUCUUCUCCACGGAAAAGAUGACCCAGGCUGGCGAUGGCAGCAUCUGGCAGGUCAAUCUGCCGCAGAGCAUCGGCACCAUUGCCAAUCCCUAUGCUGAUUGCUCCGAGCUGGGUAUACACGAUGCGAUGACCUGUCAGGAGCUCUUGGCAUUCUCUGUGGCCUUUUCAGCGGCCUUGCCGACAGGCCAGAGCACGCUGGAGUCAUUCUACACAUCGCUGGCCCGCUGCGAUCCCCACACCGCAGAGGCGUUGCGGGCGCACCACAAGCCGCGCUCGGUGGCCACUGGGCAAAACCAAACGCCACCGGGCGGCGAGGGAGGAGCCACCGUGAUAGUUGCCUCAACGGCUGGUGACACCGGGCAGACACUGCAACCGUCGACAGUGUCGGCAGUGGUGGGCGGACCCAUCGAUAGCCAUGGGGCGAACCACCGUCGAAAAGAGCACCACCAGCAGUCGCACCACCAUCAUAACAACAACAAUACCACCAGUCACAGUCGCAACUAUCGCUCCCGGCAGGGACAGGGGAAUUCGCGAGUGCGCGAGCCCCGCACCCCCACUGGCAACUAUAUGGAGGACUAUGCCUGCUGCUACGAUCUCUACCAGAACGCCCUGUCGCCACUGGACGAGCGGCCCAGGCAGAGGUCGCCGACGACUCGGUGCCUAAUCUCCGUGUACCGGUGCAUGUCGCGCGUAUGCAGCUGGAUUCGUCGCUACAUCAGGCGAUUGGUGGAGCACAAGUACUUCCAGCAGGGCAUCUUGUUGGCCAUCCUGAUAAACACACUGUCCAUGGGCAUCGAGUACCAUAACCAGCCGCCGGAACUGACCGCCAUUGUGGAGACGAGCAACGUCGUCUUCUCCGGCAUCUUUGCUGUUGAAAUGCUGCUAAAGGUGGUUGCAGAGGGUCCAUUCCGCUACAUUGCCAACGGAUUCAAUGUUUUCGAUGGCAUCAUCGUUAUUCUCAGUGCCAUUGAGAUCUGUCAGACGUUCAUGGGCAACGGAACGGGUGGCGGUGGCUCCGGUCUGUCCGUGCUGCGGACUUUCCGCUUGCUGCGAAUCCUCAAGCUGGUCCGGUUUAUGCCCAAUCUGCGGCGCCAGCUAUUCGUGAUGCUGCGCACUAUGGACAAUGUGGCCGUGUUCUUCUCCCUCCUCGUUUUAUUCAUCUUCAUAUUCAGCAUACUCGGCAUGUAUCUGUUUGGCGGUAAGUUUUGUAAAUUUUUGGACGAAUCCGGACUCGAACGCGAGUGCACGUGUCCCGAAAUAAUCAGCCGGCAUCCGCAAUGCGAGUGCGAUCGCAAACACUUCAACAACAUUUUGUGGGCCACAGUCACAGUAUUCCAAAUACUGACGCAAGAGGAUUGGAACGUCGUCCUGUUCAACGGAAUGGAAAAGACAAGUCAUUGGGCCGCAUUGUACUUUGUGGCACUAAUGACGUUCGGCAAUUAUGUGCUAUUUAAUUUAUUGGUGGCCAUUUUGGUUGAGGGAUUCAGUUCAGAGCGAAAUGAACGUCGCGAGCGCGAACAGCGCGAGUUGGUUAAGAAACUGCGUGAGGAGACGCUAGCCGAGAACUACAGCGAUGGUAUGUACGAUGAGUCGCGGAGCGAGGCGGACUCCUCGACCACCAAUGAUAGUUACUACGAGGUGCGCAACCGCUGGCGAUCGGCGGAGGAUGUGCGCAAGCUACAGGACUCCGCGGAGCUGAUCAUCGAGGCCAAGAGCAACAUGCACCGCCAGCGCCUGCUGCAGCCCACCCACGACUACCAGAUCAACGAGCUGCCCGCCUCGUCUGCCGCUCCCUCCGCCUCUGGCACCUCUGGCGCCUCCGCAUCUGGCGAGCGGGAGAGGGACAGGGACAGGGACAGGGACCGCGACAGAGACAGAGACAGAGAUAGGGAUAGGGAGCGGGACAGAGAGGCGGGCGGCGGCAAGGAGGAGGGGGCGCAGCACACCAAGCCGCGCGGCGGCCUCAAAAAGACAUACUCCAUCAAGGAGCGGCGCAGCGAGGCGCCACGCCUCUCCAAGAUCCGGCUCGCCCGGGAUCCGCCCAUCAUCACGACAACGGCGGCCACGCCGCAGGACUCGCCCAGCACCACCUUGGAGCCGGGCAUGAGCUUCCGCCAGUGGGGCGACAUGGAGCCACCCAGUCCGCCCUCCCCAUCGCUUUUGCGACCGCCGAACAUCUUUACCGGCGGACAGCGGAGUCUGGACGAGGGCAUACCCUCCAUCGAUCUCAUCCCGCCCUCGCCGGUGCUCUCCCACAAGCCCCUGAACAUCCUCAAUGCCAGCCAGCUGGGCGUGGGCGUCGGCGUCGGCGUGGGCGUGGGCGUGGGCGUGGGCGUGGCCGUGGGCAUGGGGAUGGGCAUGGGAGGAGGUGUCCCCAGCACCGCCGGCAGUUCGGGCAGCAUGCACAGCGUGAUCAUCGACGACAUUUCGAAGAGCUCCAGCUCGACAGCGGCGGCUACGCCCAUUUACGUGCCCACCAUCUCGUCCACAGCGGACGCGCAGAGCCAGAGUCACAGUCUGAACGAUGUGAGCGUGGGCUCCAGUCCAGGAGUGGAGAUUCCCGCCACGGGAGUGGGCAGGAGUGCCAACACGGGAGCCUCGACAAGUGGCAGCUCCUCCAGCGAGCGCCUGCCCUUGGCUCCACCUCCUCAGCAGGGGAGUUUCAAGCAGCGCUUAAGGCGCGGCAGCUCCAAAAAGCGACGUGCCUCUGCUUUGGCCCUGGCCACAGACGAUCCGGCGCGGAGGACCCUGGAUAACCAGGCUCGACGGACCCAGGACGAGGAGGAGGAGCAGCAGCAGCAGCAGUUGAAUAAUGGCGGCGACAACAGCUUACUGAGAAGCAGCAGUGCUGUGGUCAGUGGCUCCUCCUCGGGCACCAAGGAGACCAAUCGCCUGAGUCCACAAAACUCCAUACGAAGGCUAUCCAAUACACUGAGCAUAGGCAGCGGACCGGUGGGCAGUCGUCGGGCAUCGGCAUGCAUUUUCAACUCGCAGGUGUACCAGAAUCUAAAUCAGCCGCCCAAACUGCGCCCGGGAUCGGGACAACGAAGGAUGAGCUCCAUCGAACUGGCAUUCAGCAAGACUUCGCACCUGAAUCUGCACAACCUGGAGGCCAACCGCAAGUCGCUCUCAUACACGAACUCGAAGAUGGACCUGGACAAGUGGAACAAGUCGUACGGCAAUCUCAACGAGCCGGACAACAUGCUGCAACAGUACAUGGAGGCGCGGGACAAGCGCAAGAACUCCAUCAGCCACUACAACCUGAAGAAGCGGCUCGAGGAGAAGGAGCUGCAGCAGCUGCAGCAGCUCCACCAGCAGCAGCUGCUCCAGCAACGGCAGGACUCCUUCUCCUCGACCACCCAGCAGCAGCAGUUGCAGCAGCUGCAGCAGCACCGCCUGUCCAAGGAUCAGCAGCAGCUGGCGAUGCAGCCACAUUCCAUGGUGCCAGGAGGCGGCGAGCGCUACUCCAAGCUCAAGAUGCUCAUCGAGCAGCUGACGCCCAAGCACUUUACCACCGAGCGCGAGGACUACUCGCUCUACAUAUUCCCGGAGAACAACAGGUUCCGGCAAAUCUGUACGUGGUUUGUCAACCAAAAGUGGUUCGACAACGUGGUCCUGCUGUUCAUCGCGCUCAACUGCAUCACCCUGGCCAUGGAAAGACCAAACAUCCCUCCAAGCAGCACCGAAAGAUUGUUCCUGGCAACAGCCAACUACGUGUUCACCGUCGUCUUCACCGUCGAAAUGUUCAUCAAGGUGGUGGCUACGGGAAUGUUUUACGGCCACGACGCCUACUUUACGUCCGGCUGGAAUAUCAUGGACGGAUCUUUGGUUACCAUUUCCAUAAUUGAUUUGUUAAUGUCCCUGAUUAGCGAAUCGAGUCCGAGGAUAUUUGGGAUUUUAAGGGUGUUUCGACUACUCCGAUCCUUGCGGCCGCUGCGGGUGAUCAACCGAGCCCCGGGUCUGAAACUAGUCGUGCAAACGCUCUUAUCGUCCCUGCGUCCCAUCGGCAACAUCGUGCUGAUCUGCUGCACCUUCUUCAUCAUCUUCGGCAUCCUGGGCGUUCAGCUCUUCAAGGGCACCUUCUACUACUGCGAGGGAGAGAACAUCAAGGGCGUGCGGAACGCGGACGAGUGCCGCAGGAUUCCCGGCAACGUGUGGACCAACCGCAAGUACAACUUCGACGAUCUGGGCAAGGCCCUGAUGUCCCUGUUCGUUCUGAGUUCCCGCGACGGCUGGGUGAACAUCAUGUACACCGGCCUGGAUGCGGUGGGCGUCGACCAGCAGCCCAUCGUGAACUACAACGAGUGGCGUCUGCUGUACUUCAUCGCCUUCAUCCUGCUGGUGGGUUUCUUUGUGCUGAACAUGUUCGUCGGCGUGGUGGUGGAGAACUUCCAUCGGUGUCGCGAGGAGCAGGAGAAGGAGGAGAAGAUCCGGCGGGCGGCGAAGCGGGCUCUGCAGAUGGAGAAGAAGCGCCGCCGGAUGCACGAGCCACCCUACUACACCAACUACUCACCCACCCGGAUGUUCGUGCACAAUGUGGUGACCUCCAAGUACUUUGACCUGGCCAUUGCCGCCGUCAUCGGCCUAAACGUGGUCACCAUGGCCAUGGAGUACUACAAGAUGCCAUCCGGACUCAAGUACGCCCUGAAGAUCUUCAACUACUUCUUCACGGCGGUCUUCAUCCUGGAGGCCAACAUGAAGCUGGUCGCCCUGGGGUGGAAGCUCUAUCUGAAGGACCGCUGGAACCAGCUGGACGUGGGCAUUGUCAUCCUCUCGAUCGUGGGCAUUGUGCUGGAGGAGCUGGAGACGAACACGCACCAGAUCAUACCCAUCAAUCCGACAAUCAUACGGGUGAUGAGGGUACUGCGUAUUGCCAGAGUGCUGAAGCUCCUGAAGAUGGCCAAUGGGAUCAGGGCACUCCUGGACACCGUGAUGCAGGCCCUGCCCCAGGUGGGCAACCUGGGCCUACUGUUCUUCCUGCUAUUCUUCAUAUUCGCGGCAUUGGGCGUGGAGCUGUUCGGGCGACUCGAGUGCUCCGACGAGAUUCCCUGCCAGGGAUUGGGCGAGCACGCGCACUUCGCCAACUUUGGCAUGGCUUUCCUCACAUUGUUUCGCGUAGCGACUGGCGACAAUUGGAACGGCAUCAUGAAGGAUACGCUGAGGGAUAAUUGCGAUGACGCGGCCGAUUGCGUCCGCAAUUGCUGCGUCAGCUCAGUUAUUGCUCCCAUAUUCUUUGUGAUAUUCGUGCUAAUGGCGCAAUUCGUUUUGGUGAACGUCGUCGUGGCUGUACUGAUGAAACACCUCGAGGAGAGCCACAAGCAAAUGGAGGACGAGCUCGACAUGGAGGUGGAGCUCGAGCGUGAGCUGGUGCGCGAGCAGGAGUUCGCCCAAGAGCAAAAGCUGUGCCAGCAGCUGGCGGAGGCGCAAUCGAAGGCGGCCGCUCCCCCGCGCCCCCUGGCCAAGGUCAAGUCGCUCCCAAAGAACUUCAUCUACAGCACCCCAUCGCUGGACAAGAAGUUCCCAGCGGUGUCGGGCAUCAACAAUCCCAACUCCAGUCUAACCAGCUCGGCGGCCACCAAUCUCAACCAGAUGGCGUCGGCGGGAAGCGGGGGUGCGGCACCGGGAGCGGUACCGGCCGGAUCGGGAGCUGGACCACGGAGGCAGACCGUGCAGUACUUCCAGCAGCCACCACAGUCCAUGCUCGGCGGCCUGAGUCUGGCCGAGAUGGGCGGCACGCUGACGCCUCAGGCACUCGGUGCCCGAUUGGGCGAACCCUUCGGCGGCGGAGGAGGAGGCAAAUCUGGGCCACGACGCCAAUCCUACUGGCAAAUCAAUCCAAUCCGUAAGCGCGGCGUGCUGUCCAAGGAGCGCUCACUGGACGAGCAGGCCAUCCGUCGACGGAAUCUGGAGGCCAAGCGCACCAGCUGCGACUCGCUCCCAUGGGGCGGAGAUGCCCUCGACUGCCGUAGGGGCACGAUCUUCGAGAGCCUCGAGUCCGAUGGGGGAGGUGUUGGGGGUGGUGGUAGUGGUGGCGGUGGUUUAGGAGGAGAAGCAGGCGGAGGAGUUUCCUACGAUUUACGGAGCGUGCGCAGCGCGGAUGUCGGCCAUUCGGAGACCGAUGGGGACGUGUCCCUGUCGGUGGUCAGUGCGCUGGUGCCCUCCGUAACGACGCCACUGCCCCCACCCCUGUCCUUGCCCAUUGUCACGCCCACGUCAACGCCCACGCCCACGCCCUUGCAAUUGCCAAUGCAGAUGCAGAUGCCGAUGCCGAUGGCAUUGCCCAUGCCGUUGGCACACCCUCCACCACGGAGACCCUUUGGAUGGUCGCAGUCCGUGGACCAAGGAUGCUUGCGCAGCAACUUGCUCCUCUCCGUUCCCAGAUCCAUGCCGCCGCGCAGUCGCAGUGGCAGCACCAAGCAACUGUUCAAGCAGCAGGCCCUGGACGAGGAUGCCGACAUGGAUGAGAACUCGCUGCUGCUGCCAACAGCAGCUGGUGGCAGAUCAGGACCAGGAUCGGUGGCAGUCAUAGCCUCGAGCUCGCUGGAUCUGCCAGAUCAGAGCGGCAGCUCCAAGCAGAUCCUGCCGGACAUCGCACUGGGGGUCAGUAAGUCCGAUUCCUCGGACAUUCUGCGCAUCAUCAGCGAACGGAGGCGCAUGGAUCAGCGGGAGCAGAGGGAGCCCGAGCAGGAUCAGGACAACGAGGCGGAGGACAGGGACAGCGACUACAAGGAGCUGCUCCUGGUCAAGUCCCCCCAGUCCUCCAUGGACUAAAUGCAAAAACACACAAACACUCUGUAGAUCGUUACAUGUAGUUAUCUCUAAAUAGGGCCAGGCUUACAACAAUAAUGAUUACUGUAGAGCUGACUAACAAGGAUAAUAGCUAGGAUAACAGUUCGGAAAUCCCCCGAUUUCCAAACCUCUAAUUUGGUCCACCUACAAGCGAAGGAGCUUACUGUUAACCUCUAGAACUCUAUUUUCCAUAAUUCAAAAACCUGGCCGCCAUUAAUGAAUACAUUAGGGAAUUUUCUAAAAACUAUAACUAUAGCAUUAGGCUUUAGGCAUAAAGAUCGACGAGUGUGGCGAGGAAACAGAAAUAACGAUUAUUCGAUAGCUAAUAUACUAUAGAGAAUGCCGGAUAAAGGAUAAAUGGUAAAUGGCACACUCUUAGCCAAGAAUAUGGAGGAAAUCCAGUAAAAUAGAAUUGAAAGCAACGUUAAGUAAACCAAUGAAAUGAAACGUAAAAUUACAGCUAGUAAGCAAAAUUGUCAACUGUUUUUAGUGCAAUCCUACGGUUUUCAUAACUUUAACAAGCAAAACUUAUAAGAAGAACUCAGAACUAAUAGAUCGCCAGAGAUCGGUGAAGAUGAAUAGCUAAGUUUCAAGUUGAUUAGAGUGUUUUCCGUUUAAAUGUAGCUGUCGAAUACGAAGAUUAUCCAGGCGGGGAUGGUGGAUUAUAUACAAGUGUUAUAUGCGAUUUACAUAUAUACAGUUAUAUUACAUUUACAGUUACUUAUAGGGGAUACUGCAUUCGAAACAAAAAUGAUGGAAAUUUGUGAACAAAGAAUCAUCAACUCUGUGAUUAGCUCUUAAAGUUUAAACGUUUAUAUGAGAAGCCGUGCAGACACCAAAAACCAAAAACAAAACCAAAACCAUAACCAUAAUCAAAACCAAAAACACAAACACACGCGAUCUGUAUAUAGAAGGCCUGUAUGUAAACAUAUGUAUUUGAGUGUAUUUUACGUAGCUAAGCCAAGGAACAAGAAACUAACGGAAUGAUACCGAAGCGAGCCAUCUGAGCGAACCCAUUGAUAAGCAAUAGAGAACUGUAGCUCUUAAGAUCGUACCUAACCUACAAACCUACAAACUAAUAAAGCUGCGUUGUUCCAGGGUGAAAAACGGAUACGGAAAAGGGGAAAAACCAUUUAAAGGAACCCACAUAAGAACCUUGUGCAAACGAAUUUACUUAGGUACUUAAACACACACACUCACACACCCACACACACCAAGACACGCCCCAAACAAAUAGCUCGUACGAUCCGGUCGACAAUCUUCGCUAAAUUUAAAUACCCUACCCAUGUCUGACGCUCUAUCCCCCAGAGGCUUCCAAAACUUCUAGAUCCCGCCCCCGGAAAAACAAGCAGACAUCCGAAAUACAGUGCCAACGCAGUAAGGGUACUCAAGAUGUGUUUUUUUUUUUAUAUAAAGAAUAAUAUAACUCUCAAGGUAUCCAGUAAUGAAGGCAACAGACGGCAGCGGGAACUAUAAGAGGAACUUUAAAAAGUAGCAUUUAUAAAGAAAAAGAAAGAAAAACCAAGAGAAACGUAGUAGAAAUUUAAUGAUUAAUGUUUAAUGACUAUAUAUAGUGUAUAUAUGGAACUAUCAACGAAUUACAAUAGAGUAUCAAGAUAUUUCUUCAGAAGGCAUAACUAGAACAAGACAAUGGAGCGAGGAACCGAGAAGAACACUAACUUAACACUGUCAAUUUUUCAACAUGGUCUAAGCUAAUUUUUCAAGGAAAACCAAUGAUCUAAGAAUGAAAACAAUUUUACACUCUUUGUACACACUGUAAAAAACGAAGUGAAGGAGCUCUCCAGUUUAGAUAAACUUUAAAAUCAAACUUAGCAAACGAUUCGGGUGCAAGCGAG